UAACCAAUAGUCGACGUCAACACAAUCGCGUCUAGCGGUCUUUGGACCAUUCAGAUUGUUGCUAUUAAAAUGUUUUCUUCAGCCCCUCAACUAGCCACGGUGUUGCCUGGUUGAGUAAUAAGCGCCGCGCGAAUCGCACCGGACACGGUUUGGAUAAUCGACCGAAUUUUUUAACUUUUUUACUUUGGUCUUGUAAAACCAAAAACAAAACAUAAUUUGAAUAAAUAUAUUUGCGAUGCUCUUCCACAAAGCACAGAAAAAUAACGAAAUAAUGGUAUAGUUACAAAAACGGAUUUGCAGCGAGCAUCUGGCAACCCACCGAAGGUGACGAGCGUUCGAUGUGAUAUAGUUGUGGUAAGCGGAGCAUCGUCUGGUCCACAUUGUCGCAUUUUUAAGCGGUGAAUGGAGCAGUGUGAACGGAUCGGCGCGUCUUUGUAUUCUCGCUCGGCUGGAAACACUUCUCGUCUGAUCCACUGCUCGUCUGUUGUGACGGAUCCAGCACGCCAGGCCUGAUGGAGUCAGGAACUCCACGAGUGCUGCGCACAGCAGAUCCCAGCCUCUCCUCGAUCCAUCCCGGCCAGUCCUGAGCAUCAGGUGUUCAAUUUACCCCACACCUCGCCCUAUCACCUCCUUUUUCUGAUCCCUUCCCUUGGCUCCUCAAUCGGCCAACUCACUCGCAUCUGAGAUGAUCGGCAAGCUGAAGCAAAACUUACUGGUGGCCUGCUUGGUCAUCAGCUCUGUCACAGUCUUUUACCUGGGUAGGCACGCCAUGGAGUGCCACCACCGGAUUGAGGAACGCAGCCAGCCGCUACUGAGCAGCUUGCGCACGACUCUACGUACAGGUCAGAACCUCAGUAACCCUUUUAUUUACAAUAAAGACAUGCCACUUAUUUUUAUCGGUGGCGUCCCUCGCAGCGGGACCACUCUUAUGCGGGCCAUGCUGGACGCACAUCCCGACGUACGCUGCGGGGAGGAGACACGCGUCAUCCCUCGCAUUCUGGCCAUGAAGCAGAUGUGGAGCCGCUCCGGCCGGGAAAAGAUGCGUCUAGAUGAAGCUGGAGUAACAGACGAGGUCUUGGACUCAGCCAUGCAGGCGUUUCUUCUUGAGAUAAUAGUAAAGCACGGGGAGCCAGCCACUUAUCUGUGUAAUAAAGACCCCUUUGCCCUUAAAUCACUUACCUAUCUGGCUAAGAUCUUCCCCCACGCUAAGUUCCUCCUCAUGAUACGUGACGGCAGGGCCUCCGUUCACUCUAUGAUCUCCCGCAAGGUCACCAUAGCAGGGUUUGACCUGAGUAGCUAUCGGGACUGCCUAACAAAGUGGAACCGGGCUAUAGAGACAAUGUACACACAAUGCCUAGAGGCAGCUGACAAGUGCCUACCUGUGCACUACGAACAGCUCGUCCUUCACCCAGAAAGGUGGAUGAGGACGCUUCUGAAAUUCCUGGACAUUCCUUGGAAUGAUGCAGUACUGCACCACGAGGAGCUCAUCGGGAAAGCAGGAGGCGUUUCACUCUCAAAGGUGGAGAGAUCCACUGACCAGGUGAUCAAGCCUGUCAACGUGGAGGCCUUGUCCAAGUGGGUGGGUAAAAUCCCCCAAGAUGUGCUGCGGGACAUGGCCGUCAUCGCCCCAAUGCUGGCCAGGCUCGGAUACGACCCCCAUGCCAGCCCUCCUAACUACGGCCGGCCCGACCCACUCGUCCUGGACAACACUAGAAGGGUCUUUAAGGGUGAAUUUCAGCUCCCUGAUUUUCUUAAAGAACAGACACAGCUUCAGAAGUCUCCAGAAAAGCCAAACCCAAGUUAGGAGAAGAGGAGAGAUUCAUCCAUAGGAGGCUGAGUAGAAGCAGAUGUUGUGGGACCAUGAUGGACCUACGUCACCCACGCAUGGAAACACUUACACAAACAGACAUUUGGCCCCAGACCACUCUUUGGAGGACAGUUUGGCCUUUGAUGUUGUACUGUAACAAUUGUGGCCUAAGAAUGUCAUUGUUUUUGUUCAUGUUUUGUUUCUUUUUUUAUUUUCCACAUUGUACGCUUUUUACUUGGUAAUUUUUUCUGCCAACCUGUGAUUCUGUUAUAAGAAAAUACAGUGGAUUUAAUUAGCUAAAGGAUGCAUUUAUGUUAGCGUUAGCUUCAGAAGACCCGAUCUGUUUUUUUUUCAUGCCUUCGUAAUGUGCUAUUCCUUGGGUACUGAAUGAUUUGCAAGAUUGAAAUACGGUAGAAUUGCAUUUUGUUCUCUUGCAUUCACAAUGGAGUGACCUUAUGUACAUUGGGAGCGAUAAUAAAUAAGCUGUCAGUGUUAAACACGAGGCUCAAUGAUGUUUCUCCAUUGACAGAGAAGCUUGCAUCAAGCAGCAGUUGUAUGUGGAUUUCUGUUGUUUAAGCAAUUGUUGUUUUUGUACUUAAAUCAUAAUUAUGUACUCAUUUCGUUAUGUGAAAUAAAAUCCAUCGGUGCUGUUGGCAGCCAA